UCUACCGGCUAAAGUUGUAUUUUUUAUGUUAAAUGAUUGUCUUUGAAAUAACUCAAACAUCAGUUGACGUAGAGAGGAGAGAAAAAAUAUAUAAAAAGGCGGAACCAAAAUAACAACUCGUAUCCAACGUCGGAACUUGACAGUGUGACACCCAGCGGAAGUAAACAACGGAGUUAGCGGGGGAAAGAUGUCACGUUAGUCGUCUUCGCGGAGGUAAAACAACAAUGUCGUCAGUUGAGAACAUGAGAAACUUUGUCCACGAGCGGCUGACUGCUGCUGCGGAAGAAAUAUUCGGAGUUUUUGAAAAAACUAUCUUCGAGUACCAGGAAGAGGUCGACCGUCAGCGCAGACUGCUGGACAUCGUUUGGAAACCUGAAAUAAAGCUACGCAGAACAGAGCUCCCAGAGGAACAUGUCUGUAAGGAUGAGGAGGAGAAGGAAGAAGAGGUUCUCUCUGAGCAGCAGCUCUGUAUUCAGGAGAGGAGCUCCAGUCUGGACCAAGAGGACCCAGCACCUCCACAGACCAAAAAGGAACAAGAGGAACUCUGCACCAGUCCGGAGGGAAAGCAGCUUGAGCUGAAGCAGGAGAAAGAGACCUUCAUGUUGACUCCUACUCAUGAGGAAACGGACCACAGUGAGCCAGAACCCACAACUGAGCACCAGCUCGGAGCUGAGAGCCCAGAUCGUAAAGGAAGUGAGCAUGAAGACUCUGAAUCAACCAGAAAUCCAGAGCCAGAACCAAAGAAAAUAGAUCCCAAAAAUAGAAGUCACUGUGACGAUGAGAACUUGUUAAAGAUUCCCAAUGAUACUCAAAUCGGGAAAGCACUUUUCCAAUGUGAUACUUGUGGAAAAACAUUCAAGUGCAGGUCAGCUUUGUCUACACACCUGAGAACACACACAGAGCUCCCAGAGCAACAUGUCUGUAAGGAGGAAGAGGAGGAGGAAGAAGAGGUUCUCUCUGAGCAGCAGCUCUGUAUUCAGGAGAGGAGCUCCAGUCUGGACCAAGAGGACCCAGCGCCUCCACAGACCAAAAAGGAACAAGAGGAACUCUGCACCAGUCCGGAGGGAAAGCAGCUUGAGCUGAAGCAGGAGAAGGAGACCUUCAUGUUGACUCCUACUCAUGAGGAAACGGACCACAGUGAGCCAGAACCCACAACUGAGCACCAGCUCGUAGCUGAGAGCCCAGAUCGUAAAGGAAGUGAGCAUGAAGACUCUGAAUCAACCAGAAAUACAGAGCCAGAACCAAAGAAAAUAGAUCCCAAAAAUAGAAGUCACUGUGACGAUGAGAACUUGUUAAAGAUUCCCAAUGAUACUCAAAUCGGGAAAGCACUUUUCCAAUGUGAUACUUGUGGAAAAACAUUCAAGUGCAGGUCAGCUUUGUCUACACACCUGAGAACACACACAGAGCUCCCAGAGCAACAUGUCUGAAAGGAUGAGGAGGAAGAGGAGAAGGAAGAAGAGGUUCUCUCUGAGCAGCAGCUCUGUAUUCAGGAGAGGAGCUCCAGUCUGGACCAAGAGGACCCAGCGCCUCCACAGACCAAAAAGGAACAAGAGGAACUCUGCAACAGUCCGGAGGGAAAGCAGCUUGAGCUGAAGCAGGAGAAGGAGACCUUCAUGUUGACUCCUACUCAUGAGGAAACGGACCACAAUGAGCCAGAACCCACAACUGACCACCAGCUCGUAGCUGAGAGCCCAGAUCGUAAAGGAAGUGAGCAUGAAGACUCUGAAUCAACCAGAAAUCCAGAGCCAGAACCAAAGAAAAUAGAUCCCAAAAAUAGAAGUCACUGUGACGAUGAGAACUUGUUAAAGAUUCCCAAUGAUACUCAAAUCGGGAAAGCACUUUUCCAAUGUGAUACUUGUGGGAAAACAUUCAAGUGCAGGUCAGGUUUGUCUACACACCUGAGAACACACACAGGUGAGAAGCCAUUUUCUUGCAAAACAUGUGGAAAGAGUUUUGGACUUAGUGCUAGCUUGAGGGUCCACAUGAGAACACACACAGGUGAGAAGCCAUUUUCUUGCAAAACAUGUUCGAGGAGUUUUGUAAAAAGUAGUUAUUUGACGGUCCACAUGAG